AUGUAUCCCAGCGCCGGAAUCAACGCAGCCGCCGUGGCCGCCGCCGCUGCCAGGCAUCCGGGUCCGCCGCAGCCUGGGCAGCCGUUCAAAUUUUCGGUCGGCGAGUCCUGCGAUCGUAUCAAGGAGGAGUUCAACUUUUUGCAGGCCCAAUACCACAGUAUUAAGUUGGAGCUGGAGAAACUCGCCCAGGAGAAGACGGAGAUGCAGCGCCACUACGUCAUGUAUUACGAGAUGUCGUACGGGCUUAAUGUGGAGAUGCACAAGCAGACGGAAAUUGCGAAGAGGCUGAACGCCAUUGUCGUACAGAUCUUGCCAUUUCUCUCUCAGGAUCAUCAGCAGCAAGUCGCCUCGGCGCUCGACAGGGCCAAACAAGUGACCAUGACCGAGCUGAACACUAUUAUCGGGCAACAGAGGCCCGAUCUGCCGAGACUCUUGCAGCAGAUGCACGCCCAGCAACUGCCACCGGGGGCAGCGAUGGGACCGCAUCCGGGUAUACCCGGGCUUCCUGGGUUGGGCCCAGGCGCGGGUAUACCAGUCCCCACCUCGGCGUCCGCGGCGCUUCUCGGUUUGGGUCUCCCCCCAGGAGCGGCCGCCACCCCCGGUGGCACAGCCGCACAUCCGCUGUCAAUGCUGACGAAAUCGGAACUGCAUCGCGGUCAACCUGACGAUCUCAAACCUAACGGAGGUCUCAAUCCAGCCGAGGAGAGGCAUAGGAACUCGAUAUCGCCGGCGGAACGGGAGAAGUACAGACCGCGCAGUACACCCGAUCCGCAGCACGAACAUCUGCUGGGGAAGAAAAUGAAGAAGGAGCAGGACAAGGACAUAGGCCAUCAAAGCGAUGGUGAAAAGAGCGACCAAGACUUGGUGGUCGACGACGCGAGCGAGGGCCCGACCAGCCCGGCGGCGAACGGCACGACGUCACCGCGAGAGAACGGCCUCGACAAGAUGGGCCCGUCCUCGGUGCCUCUGAGCGGCCAGGUGAAGAAGGAGGUACCGCCACCGUCACCUAGAAGCGGCACCAGCAGCAACGCGAGCACGCCCUCGGCCAAGAAGAUGGAGGAGCGCGAGAAACCAACGACACCGAUCUCGAAGCCGGUCACACCAACGUCGGCGGGUAGCAGUUCCGGCUCCGGCGGCCUGAAACCGUCGAGCUCCAGCAAACCGUUGGUCUCGGCCUCGGUGGUCGGCCCUUAUCCGCCGCACUAUCCGCCACCGCAUCAUCCGCCCGCGGGACCUCACGUGGACAUGCUGGGCUAUCCUCCGGGGGCGGCGCUCAACGGUGGUUACCCCACGAGACCACCCCUUCAACAGCUUUACGAUCCUCACAGCAUGAGAGCACCGCUCGGACCGAUCAUUCCUCCCGGCGGUAAACCCAGUGCGUACAGUUUCCACGUGUCCAGCGAAGGCCAGAUGCAGCCGGUGCCGUUUCCGCAGGACGCGCUCAUCGGUCCGGGCAUUCCGCGACACGCACGUCAAAUAAACACGCUCACUCACGGUGAGGUAGUCUGCGCCGUGACAAUCUCGAAUCCGACCAAGUACGUCUACACCGGCGGCAAAGGCUGCGUCAAGGUGUGGGACAUCAGCCAGGGCGGCAGUGCUAGUGCGAAACCAGUCUCCCAGCUUGAUUGCUUGCAACGGGACAACUAUAUCAGGUCGGUGAAACUGUUACCCGACGGUAGGACAUUAAUUGUGGGAGGUGAGGCGAGUAAUCUCAGCAUCUGGGACCUGGCGAGUCCGACACCGAGAAUCAAAGCCGAACUGACCUCCUCGGCGCCGGCGUGUUACGCCCUGGCGAUCUCGCCGGACUCGAAGGUCUGCUUCAGCUGUUGCAGCGACGGCAACAUCGCCGUGUGGGACUUGCAGAAUCAGACGUUGGUUCGACAAUUCCAAGGUCACACGGACGGCGCCUCGUGUAUCGACAUCUCCGCCGACGGUUCGAAACUGUGGACAGGUGGUCUCGAUAAUACCGUCCGCUCCUGGGACCUUAGGGAAGGUCGACAACUGCAGCAGCACGAUUUCACGUCGCAGAUAUUCUCUUUGGGAUACUGCCCUACCGGCGAGUGGUUGGCCGUUGGUAUGGAGAAUUCGAAUGUCGAGGUGCUCCAUGCCACGAAACCCGACAAGUAUCAGUUGCAUCUGCACGAAUCUUGCGUGCUGUCGUUACGCUUCGCCUCGUGUGGCAAGUGGUUCGUCUCCACCGGCAAGGAUAAUUUACUUAAUGCGUGGCGCACGCCAUACGGUGCCUCGAUUUUCCAGUCGAAAGAGUCGUCUUCGGUGCUUAGCUGCGAUAUUUCUACGGACGACAAGUACAUCGUGACCGGAUCCGGCGACAAGAAAGCCACCGUCUACGAAGUGAUGUAUUGAGCCUCAUAUUGGUUUGAUCACUUUUUUCGAUAGCCAACAUCGAUCGAAAUUUCACAGUGAAAUUUGACAGUUAAGUGAUUGACUUAUGACGGAGGAAUUGAAAAAAAAAGAAGAGAAUUAAUUUUUUUUACUUCCGAAAUGUGACUUCAAGGAACUGUGUAUCAGCGAAUUACGAAGUUUCAUAAGAGUUGACAAGACUUGGUCGAUGUGCUACGGUCGCUACAUUCGACAGAAACCGAAUUAAAUUUCACAUUUCUCUAAUCCCAUAAAUUAUACUGGGGGAUAGUAUAUAAAUUAUGGGGAUAUAAAUAUAUAUAAAGAUUGCAGCAUUUAGCUGUAUAAGAUUGUAUAGAAUCUAUAAUCGUAAGUAGGAUAGUGUGACUGGAAUAUGAGAGAGAGAGAAAGAGAGAGAAUGCGGAUACUCUCCGUAUGUAUUUAACGUGGGAGGCGAUAAUAAAGUCGCUUGUGUAAUAUGUUACUUAUGUAAUAUAGAAUCUUUAUAUAAUUAGAUCUUUUUGCAUGUGAUGUGUGAAGGAAAUUGAGCGACGAAUCGAGUUAAGCGCAUUUCGUCGGGCGAGGUCGUUCCCUUGCGAUAGUGUCGCAGCGACGAAACGAAUCGCCACGGCGAAAUACCUGAAUACGUACGGAAUGCUGAUCUAGUGUUGUAGACUUGUCAAAGUAGGGAUGUAUGUUGUGUCGCAGAAUUAUACAUAAUAUAUUGAGCACGUAUGUAGACAAGAACGUUUACGUCAUGUAGCGGAGAAACUGUAGGGCUAUGAAAAUCCGAUAAGUAUCGAUCACGCUAAACCAGUGUUUUGAACGUGCGCGACGACGCGUUCGUUCGGUAUAUCGAAGCCAGCGGAUGUGGGGAUCUUUGACAUUUCUACCACCGACUAAGAGGAAUAAUUUGUACUUAUUACACACUUUCAGUUUUAAAUACGAUUUCCUUUUGUAAUUAUAUGGCACUGUUGCGUCUGCCGUUAAGACUUUAUUGUAAUUGAGAUUUUAUAAAAACGUGUCGCGAGAGGGGGAAGGACGCGGUGAUAAAACAAAAAAAAGAGGGUUAAGAAGAAGAAGAGAGGGGCGAAAGAUACUUUUCGAUCUUUUGCAGUAAUUAUGAAACUGGCUUUCAUACGCCUAUUGCGAGCGGUAUCGAAAUACAAAUAGGAAAACUCCGUAAGCCGCGCGACAAACGCGCGCGCGCGCGCGCACCGGAUACUUGAUACAAUGUACAUUGUUUGCGAGUUCUUGACUGCCAUAAUAGGCAUAUACAUACUACGCACACGCAUAUACACGCGUAUAAAAACAAACACGAGCGAGCGGACCACGUUCGUGGGCGGAUUUUGCAGAAUAUUCGAUAAAAGUAUUUUUGUGACUAUUCAUCGCGAGACCCUAGGCUUAAACCAUCGGAGCGAACCGCGGUCGAUGCGUGUUCGACCACACGCGCGUCUGCAUCGACACGACUGCAGAGACAGAGAAAGAGAGAGAGAGAGAGAAAGAGACGGGAUGAUAUUGUAAAAUAUCAGGCGAAACACUUGAAUUCUUACACCGCCCCUUCGGUGCGGAUUACAAGGGCCGGAGGUGUGUGCAUCUGGACUUUUUAGGGUACUAGCUAGCGCAUUAUUAUUCGGAGGCCGUAUGGUGAAAGCGGGUGAUGCGUAAUGGAGAUUUAUAUUUUGUUACAGGAAGGCACAUACAUGAAACACACACACACGUUGACAUCUCCGCUGCGACCGUCCGAAAUUCAACGCCGCGAUAUAAUAACUGCCGCGAAUGUAAGAACUUUGCUAAACUUGCGUAAAACGUGGUCAGGGAGCGUCCCGUUCACCGGUCGCUCCGAAUUUUGGACGAUCGCAGCCCCCGUUCGUAUAGACCAAUAGAAACAACGAUACCUCAAGAAGACUCAAUAGUUAAUUAUCUCUAACUCAUUGACUUGUACAGAAUCGAUAUUCUUUUACAGUUGAAUAACACACGCACCGUGAAAAAGAAAGCGCAUUACGCGAGACAAACAAAAAGAAGAAAAAAAGAUCGCAUAGCCGCGACAAUGAUUGUACCCUGCCUCCCCGCUCCCCCCCCCCCAUUUCCUCCCCUUUUCCUUCCCGAAAAACCCGGAACCGAAACCGUAAAUACGUUGAAUUGCGUCUCCGUGCUCGCAUUUUGCACUCCGCGAAAGCGUACCGAAAGCCGCCGUUGAGAAAAAGAACAUACGUUCGUAAUAAACGGAAGACAGGCAGCGUUAAUCUUUUUCCAAGCACUGUUCAAGUUGUUCCUAUAGCUACGCGAAAAUUGUUUCUUUCGGCAAUUAAAUCCUCUAUAUCUAUA